GGUUUUUUCAUUUUUGGAAUAAACCCUAAUCCUCUUUCUGCUUCGAGGUUUUAGGCAAGAAACGGAAUUAAGAGUAUUGCAUUCUAUUUGGUCCUCAGCAAAAUGGCGAAUGUUGCGAUGACAAGCGAUCUGGAGGAAGUACUGAGGCCAUUCCAUCAAAGGGCGGCAGAAGCAGAGGAAAGAUUGGCAAAACUGGAACUCCUAUCGGAGAGCAAGAAAGGAUAUUCUAUCGAGGAAGCGUUGCAACUGAAGGAUCUGCAGACGAAGUUGGAUUCUGCAGAAGCUGAGAAGAUAGAUGCUUUGAAGGAGGUGCGGAAACUUCAAGCUGAAAAUGCCAAGCUUCAAUAUCGAAUCCUUCAUCUUAUUCGAGCUGUGCAAGAUGCAGACAAAGUCAAAGAUACAUUUCAUUGAGAGGGAGAUAUGGAUAGCCAAAAAAAUGUAGGAAUUCCUUUUCGGCGUUGCAGAAACAUGGGCAUGGGAAGAUUGGUGGUUGAAGUUCGACCAUGGUUCGUUGUCUUGAUCGACUCUGUAGGUUUUGAAGCCAAAAGACUUUUAGUACUGUCCAAAGUCUUCUGAUAAUUAGUCACUAUAGAAAUCAGGCAAUAACAGACUUGUAAUAUAAAAUUAUUUUGAAAAGUCUGUCAGUAAAUUUCUCCUGCCAUGAAUAAUUUGGUGCAACUAUUUGUUUGAUCUCUUUAUCUAAGAUGGAAAAGGUUCAUGGGA